UUCAGCCACGUCAUUUUCGCUUGAUAGAUGAUAGUAUACGCGGCGUUAAAAAGAUAAGGAGUGUACUAAAAUAUUAAACCAUGAAUAUAUUCCGUUUACUUGGUGAUUUGUCCCACCUUCUAGCUAUUAUAAUACUAUUACUCAAAAUAUGGAAAACGAGAUCAUGUGCAGGUAUAUCGGGAAAAUCGCAGAUACUCUUUGCAAUUGUGUAUACGAUGCGAUAUUUAGAUCUGUUGACGACUUACGUGUCUGCUUAUAACACUGUUAUGAAACUGGUGUUCAUCGUCGCCUCUUGCGCUACUGUGUAUUUGAUCUACGUCAAGUUCAGAGCCACCUAUGACCACAACCAUGACACGUUCAGAAUUGAGUUUCUGUUGGUUCCAUGCUUUGUGCUGGCGCUGCUGAUUCACCAUGACUUCACUGUGCUAGAGGUCAUGUGGACCUUCUCCAUUUACUUGGAAUCAGUGGCCAUCUUGCCGCAGCUGUUCUUAGUAUCGAAGACGGGUGAAGCAGAGAGCAUCACUUCUCAUUACCUGUUUGCCCUUGGAUCUUACCGAGCCCUCUAUUUACUUAACUGGGUGUACCGCUACGUCGUGGAGGAUCAUUACGAGUUAAUCGCUAUCGUUGCUGGCGUCGUGCAGACUGUACUCUACUGCGAUUUCUUCUAUCUUUACAUCACGAAAGUUCUCAAAGGAAAGAAGCUGCAACUGCCGGCUUAAUGAUGCAAUAAAACUUUACACAGGUGUCGUGAAGGUGUUUUUAUAAGCCAAUAAUUUACCUAAGAUCUAGAUAUACAACCAUUGUCAGUAUAGUUAUGGAAAUGUUGAUUACUGAUACCAAUUAUGUGUGUGGAAUUUUAUACUUAAUUAUUAUUACUGUUUAUUAUAAUUUGCGUAAUUUGAUCAGUAUAACGUUACGAGAGCGGUAAAUUGAAACUUGGAUUGGCUGAAUACAAUAUUUAUAUGUUAAUAAAAUUAUUAACACAGAUCAAAAUUGAUUGCUUAUUAGUUAUUUGAACUGUUUCUUAAGCUUAUUAUAGAUGAAUUCUAUCGUAUGUAUCGUAUAAUGUAAUUGAUAAAUCCCUAUCCUGUUUCCGUAGUUAAUUUCAACAAUUAACUAAGUUUCUUUAUCUGUAAACAUUGCCCUACUGCUACUGUAUUGGACACCUGUUGUUACAUAAACCCGUUAAGCGUUUACCACAAAACUUCAAGCAUCUAUUUUCGCUACAAAACUAAAAAUACCUACAUGAUAGCAGUUACGGCGUAGCGCUACGAAAUUAGCGUAGUGACUAACUUGUAAAAGUAUUGGAAGUCUUCUCUUUUCAAAACAAAAUAUUUUUAAGACUUGAAUCCAUUAUACCGGGUGCGGCCUGUAACAUGAGCAAAUAAUUAAAACAUAGAUUGUACUUCUCAAACGGUGACACUUUAGUUCAACAACUUUUAAAAAUUAUGAAGUAUUUAGACUCCCUAUUUUUCAUACAAAAUAAAUAUUAUCUUCAAUGGACGCCAUCGCCACGCCAUAUCAUUGUGAUUGACGUUGCUUGUCAAGUCUUAAACAUAACAAAGUUCGCAAUACAUUGCGUCUUUGAAUAACCUUUAAAGUGUAUUAAAAAUCAAACUACAAGUUAUUUUCAAAAGUCGCUGAACAAAUGUUGAUCACUAUGAGGAUUACAGCCUACAGUUAUUUGCUCAUAUUACAGGCCACACCCGGUAUAAUAUUAAAUGAAGCUUGACAAUAUCUAUCACUGAUAGAUGGAGGGAUAUUGAUCUUUAUAGUUUCCGAAUGUGAAUACUAUUAAGUUUGUUCAUCGAUGAUUUUAACAUUGUAUUUUCUAUGAAAGCAUAUUGAAAUGAUUUCUCUAGAAUUCAUGAAAUAAAGGGCCAUGUGCAUUUUCAGUUUAUAAUAAUUAGUACCUAGUUACUAUAUUUACGUAUUAUAUACAUAUAACAAUAGAAUGAAACACUUGAACAUAGUUUACGAUCUUAAAGAGGCAAGCAAUUAAAUAAAUUUAGGAUAAAAUUUCCUCUGACUAAAACUUAAAAUAAACAUGUAAGAGAUUUCGGUUUUAUAUUGCGUAACGAGUUAUGGCUUGUACUAAUUUAUAGAUCAAAUUAUUGAGUUUUUAUAUUUUACGCUGAGCUGCAUUAAAAAGAACGAAAAAGUAUAGAUUAUGCUGUAGUUUUCAUCAAGUAGCUUUGAGUCUAUUUUGGUAUAUAAGUAACUAUAAAACUGGAUGUAUGAAGGGAGUAAUUGAGUAUCCAUUUGUCUCCCUAGAUAGAUCAAUUGUAUCCAAUUUAACGGUAUAAUUGAUGUAACUAACCGAUUAUUUAUUUUAUUCGAACGUGAGACAACCUUUGUUCCCAACGUGGGAGCAAUGGACAAUUGUAUGUAUUUUUUUGCACCUCAGUGUCAUUCAAUAAAACAUUGUAUGUAUUGUCUUGCAAUAAAAUCGUAUCUAAAUAAAUUUGAAAGUGACAGA